GUUCCCAUUUCUUUCUCAGCAGUACACUGGCAGCUUUAUAAAAACUGGAUGGAAAAUUCUCCUGCUCACAUGCACCUCAGAUUCCAGCCCAGCAGGCAGCACUCUCUUCUCUCACCAGCAACUAAGACACAAUGAUGCACUUAAGGACUCUAAUUUUUGCAUCCAUCAUAUUGUCUUCUGCUGCAAAAGGUGAAUACUUGGAAGAAAGGACAGCUAUGGUGAGUGCAUGUUUUGAGGUUUUUACAUGGUGUUAGUAUGUGGGUGAAAAAAAUGCGUGAUGUAACUGCAAAGAUGCGUCCUUUUUUCAGAGCAAUGUCAACAUACCAGACUAUCAGAGUGACCAAGAAGAAGACACAACUGACGACCGUAAGGUCCAUGCAGGAGAAAAUUUUCAACAAGUGUUUGAAAGUCGAUUAUGCAACCCUUACUGAGGCAUCCUUCCACAUUUUUGUGAAUGUAGUUUAAGCCAAUAUUAUGUAAUAAUGGUUCCGAUCAAAUGUCCCAGUCUACACUGUUGUGUAUUAGAAUCUUUCUAAUAAUAUGUUUGAAAUUAAGUAGAGUCACACAGAAAAACAAACAUCUUUUCUGUAAAUAAAUUUUAAAAAAAUAGGUAAUGAAACUGUGUUGUGCUCUUUGCAGCGCUUCCAACAUGUCUGCUGUGUGUUUGUCUGCAUGGAUCUGUUUACUGUGAGGAUGUAACGCCAGUAAUGAAAACCGUCCCACCACUGCCAAAAGAAACAGCGUAUUUAUACGCACGCUUCAACAAGAUCACAAAAAUCAGCAACAGAGACUUUGCAGACCUGGGUAAAUCAAAGUCAUUCUUGUAAUUGGCAUGUCAUUCCACAAGUAUCAUUUUUCAGACUCUCUCCCUCCUUUUUCUUCAGUCGCAUUAAGAACAAUUGACCUGACUGGAAAUCUCAUCGCUGAAAUUGAGGAUGGAGCUUUUUCAACACUCUCUAGUCUUGAGGAGCUCACUCUUGCAGACAACAAACUGACCAGGCUUCCUGUGCUGCCCACCACGCUUGUGUCAUUUAAUGCCAAUUUCAACAAGCUUAGAACCCAGGGGGUAAAGGCAACUGCUUUUAAAGUAAGUCAAAACAUAGAUCUGUCUCUUAAUUCAAAAUAAUGAACUGACUUGGAUUCUUUCAUGUGUGAUAAAGAAAACAGACUACCCCAGAAAAGUGUUUUGUUCUUACAGAAACUCACAAAACUGGCAUAUCUUUACCUUGGACACAAUGAACUGACAGCAGUGCCUCAACUUCCAGAGUCUCUUCAUGUUGUACACCUGCACGUAAGUUCAUUCAAAGGCGAGAGGUUUACCAAAAGCAGGAGUUGAUAAGUGAUGGUCUAAAUCUGUUUUCUUGUAUUAUUCUGCAGCACAACAGGAUCGCAUCAAUAACAGAUCAAACAUUCUGCCAAGGAAACUCCAAUCACUACAUCAGGACCAACAUGCAUGAGGUGAGACUAGAUGGGAAUCCCAUCCAGUUAUCAAGCCACCCUGAGAGCUUCGUCUGUCUGGAGACUCUCCCCAUCGGCUGGUACAACUAAAAAGAGCAUGUCUUAGUCGAGUCGAGGAGGCAUAAUUAGCGUAUGAUGCAGACAUACAAAAAGUCAAAGUGUCAUUUGUUGUUAAACACUAUUAAGUUACAUUUUAUAUACCCAAAUCUCCCAUACAAUGUAUGAGCUCAUAUUUUCAUAAAUAGACACAAAUAUAUCACUGCAGAAAGUAUGACAAUUUUUGUGUAUUUUUGUGUUCAGAUAUUGUACAACACUGCUGCUUUAUCCAGGUGCAAUGUAUUAUACUGCACACAACAUAUCAACAUAAACCUGUCGUAUCAAUAUUUGACAAUUGCUGAAAUUAUUCCAUUUGACUGCACACCAGUGCCAACAUCUCCGGUACUGUUUCUUAAAGUUAAUAUUAACAAUAAAGCCUGCAUGUUUAACUGAUA